AUGCACGAUUGCCGGUCGCUCCAUCCCAGCCCGGCACGCCCAGCGGGGCCCCGCCCUUCCCACCGCCCCAUCUCCCCUGCACCCUUCGCAGCCCAGGCAGUCGCUCCCCUCAACAUCCACAAGGCCUCCAGGGAGCUCAACGUUCCCAACUCGAAUUCCUCCACUCUCCUCUCCCCUCCCACACCCAACCCACCGCUCUCCCGCUCACCCACACCAACCCUGAGCAUACCCAGCAUGCCCAUCCCUGGCUCGUCGCCCAGGCGAAAACCCAUGCUGCCCAAGAUCGACUUCAAGAGCAUCAGCAGCAAUAAUGGCACGUUUGAGAUAUACGCAGGUGGGCCGCAGCCGCAGGCCGCCUCUCCCGCGCCGCGUGCAGCGGGCGACGCCUCCAACAAGUCCACGAUCCGCCCCGACCAGAUGAUAUCGCCGCGGCCACGGCCACCGCCGGCGGUGUCGAUGGAGAACCUGCGGCAGACGGUCGAGGAGUUCGACCAGUGGUCCGACGACCUGCUCGAGGAGCUCAGCCGGCUCGGCUCGGGCGCAGGCGGGGCGGUGUACAAGGUGCGCGACCGGCGGACGGGGAUGGUCAUGGCGCGCAAGACGAUCACGACGCUCGAGGCCCCGAUGAAGCAGCUGCUGCGCGAGAUCAAGAUCACGUCGAGCACGGAGCACGUCAACAUCAUACAUUUCUACGGGGCGUAUAUUAGCCCCAGCAGCAGCGAGGUCAAGGUGCUCAUCAACUAUUGCGAGGGCGGCUCGCUCAAAUCGGUUGGGAAGCGCAUGCGCGAGAUCGGCGGCAGGGUCGGCGGGAAGGUGGUGGGGCGGCUCACGGAGGGGAUCCUCCAAGGUCUCGCGUACCUACAUUCGAGGAAGACAAUUCACCGCGACAUCAAGCCGCUGAACAUCUUGCUUACGCGGGAAGGCGUCGUGAAGCUGUGCGACUUUGGUGUCUCGGGCGAGCUGAUCAACUCCGUGGCUGGGACGUUCACGGGCACGAGCCUGUACAUGGCGCCGGAACGCCUGUCCGGGGUCGAGUACACGAUUCGAUCAGACGUGUGGUCCACAGGCAUUUCGCUCCUUGAACUUGUCACGAACCGGUUCCCUUUCCCCAACGAUCUCGCUGCGAUCGAGCUCAUGAUGUACAUCACGCAGAACGAGCCCCCGGAGCUCGAGGAUGAGGAAGAUAUCGAGUACAGCGCGGAGAUGAAAGACUUUAUCAAGAAAGCCCUGACGCGAGAUCAUGCUCUGCGACCCGCACCGGCGGGCAUGCUGGACCAUCCUUGGAUCGUGAGUAUAAUGCAGCAGAAGGUCGAUAUGGCCUACUGGAUGCGCAAGGUAUGGGGCUGGAAGAACCAGAAGAGUCACAGGGAAGAUACGCCGAGAGACCACUCCCGCUCCCUCGUCGUGUUCGUCCGGUGCGCUGCGCGCUCCGCCUGUUCGGUUCGCGUCGUGCACGCAUCCCCGCCGUCUGCGCUGCCCUCGGACGACACCCAGCGCCCCGUCGUGCCCACGUACUCGCAACCCUGA